AUGGAACUUUCUGGGAACCUACAGACUAGACCGAGGCCUCAACAUGAACCUUUGAAUGUUUUGUUCUUGGGAACUGCCGGGUCUGGAAAAUCUAGUAUAAUGAAUAGGAUCAUUUAUAAUCAACUCCUCCCGCCUAAUAGUUUUUAUGACCCAACACCCGAAGAACUUUCCCGAAAAUAUGUCACCGUUGAUUCCGAACGAUAUAUCGUGGAUACCGCGAAAUUGGACAGUGAACACUAUCUGUCUGUGCAUCAGCCACAUAUUCGAUACGCUGAUAGAAUCAUACUGAUGUAUUCCAUCUGCUCGCCUAAAUCUUUCUCCGCGCUAGAAUCUCUCUGGACUUCCGUAAAACUGCAGAAAGUUCGGGAGAAGAAAGGUUUAUACGUUGAUAUAGUCGGGAAUAUGAGUGAUUUGUGGGAGAAGAGAAGUGUGAAGACCGAAGAUGGAAAAGCGUUGGCCCAGAUAUUGAACUGUGGGUUCUCAGAGUGUUCGCAAAAGAGGGGGAGAAUUGUGAAGCGUUGA